AACCUAUUAAUUUUGACAGAUGUCAAUAUCAGUAAUAGUCCACCUUUAUCAAAUACUCAAGAAUCACAUGGCGAUCAUAUUGAAUCAAAUAUUCAUAAUAAUGAAACAAUAAUACCUGCAUCACCAACAAAUAAUAAUAAUAAUAAUAUUAAAACUAAUGAAAAAUAUUCAACUAAUACAAUACCUUCAAGUGAAUCUCGUCCAGAAAUAAAAGAAAUACCAUCUGAUUUAAAUCAACCACAACGAAAACGUCGUAAAAAUAUUCCAUCAUCAAAAAUAUCUCGAUCAUCAAUACCAUCAUCAUUAUC